GUUUAAACACGUGACUACGGCGAGAGAAGAGGGUAAUUACUCAGGAACCACUGCGCUGAAUGUUUCUCAGUCUGAUCUGAGAACAAACAACUAACAACUACAGAAGAAUCAUGUUCUCUGGUUUGAACUGACUCCGCGGUCUCUGCUGGUCUUUGAUCGAUCCAGUUUCCUGGACGAGAAGAACCGGAUCAGUUCUCAAGUGGAGCAGCAUCACUUCAACUACAAGGUGUCUGUGCUGCUGCCUGAAUGUAGCUCCGCCCCCUCUCACCUGGAUUCCGUGUUAAACAGUUUCAAGAGUUUCUACCUGAUCAGGAACAUGCCCAUAUAUGAGCUGCUAGACAAACACUUCCUGGAGACGGCUGCGUACAAGGGAAGUGUGUACGGUCUGUCCUACAGAACCAGGGUUGAUGAAGAUAACUGUGUUGCUCUGAUGCCAAAUGGUCGUCUGUGUCUCUCUCUGGACAAAGAUUCCUUCCAGGUGUUGGGAGUUGAGGGGAAACCGUCCAGGUUCAACCACAGAACCAACAGCAGAUACGUAGUGUCUGUGGAUCUGACCCACAGCAGCAUGGCUCCUGGGGGGCGGGGCUACGUCAGACUCCUCACAGGUCUGAGGUCAAGACUUCACCUGAAGACUGACUUCCUGCUGUCGCAUCAUCCAGGGGGCGGAGCCUCUCUGCAGGCCCUCCUGUCUCGUUAUGAUUGGUCAGAGCACAGACCUGAGAUACGCAGUCGUGUUCUGACACAGCUGUCCUGUCCCGCCCUGCUGACCUCUGACCUCCAGUCAAGUGACCCUCACAGCUUCCUGGAGUGGCUCGGAGCCGUGGACGCCGACGCCAGCCGUGAGAAUUCUUCCAGCAGCUUCCUGUCGUCCCUCGUGUGUCCUGAACCUUCGACCACGCUGAAUCAAGCUCUGAGCGUGUCUGUCUGUGGACUGCUGCUUCCUCAGGACAUCCACCGCCUCAUCCAGGAGAUCAGGCGUCACCUGGAGCAUCACCUCGAGUCUUGGGCGUCGCUGACGGUUCACGGUUUUGUUGACAGUCCCGUGUCGUGGGGCGACAGCGAGCACGGCGUCAUGAGAGGAGGAGAGAACUUCUACAGCCUGCUGAUGUUCCACGACCACACCUACCACCUCCACCAGGCCACAGGGGCACAUGACACCUGUCCACCGUGAUGAUGUCAUCAGCAGGCGCCAUAGAGCUGACUCUCAGAGCUCUUUAGUUUGUAUUUGUACUUGGAUCAGGUUUUGUUCUAAAAACUUGUUUUCAGUAAAACUGAAUAAUUUUGACCCAAAAAAAUAAAAAAUAUACUGAAACUAGAUUUUUUUGAUCUCAAAUGUUUUGUUUGAAUAAAAUCUGAUUCUAUAACUGAA